AUGGCGGCCAACAAAUCACACGUGCAAGUGCGGUUCUUCACCAAAUCAGCGUACAGUGUUCCCUCAACUCCAUUUGCUGUACCAGCUGAUGUCGGAACAAAGGAGCUUAGUGCCCUCAUUAACAGUAUCCUACAAGAUGGGAGUGAAGAAACAGCCCAUGUGGAUUUUGAUUUCCUUAUCAAUGGAGAAUUCCUUCGGAUCACACUCAGCAAACACCUAGAGGCAAAAGACCUGUCUACGGAAGAGACUUUAAUGGUUGAGUACAUGCAACGACACCCAUCACCAAAACCAGAGGAUACCAUGUUACACAAUGACUGGGUUAGCUGUGUAAGGGGUAGUAACAGCGGGAUACUCUCUGGUUGUUACGACAACACCAUUCAUAUUUGGACAAAGACAGGAAAUGAAAUGACAUUGAGGAUGACCUUUCCUGGCCACACAUCACCUGUCAAGGCUGUGGAGUGGAUUAACACAGAUGACACACCAAUCAGUACCUUUAUAUCUGGAUCACAUGACCAGACAAUAUUGAUGUGGUCCUGGAAUAGUGAGACAGGUACAGUGGAUUGUAUCAAUGUUUGUCGUGGACAUGCUGGGAGUGUUGACUGUUUGGCAGUCAACUUAUCAAAGACCAUGUUUUCCAGUGGAUCAUGGGACGGGAGGUUGAAGUUGUGGUCUGCAGAGCUAACAAGUAAUGGAGAUGUUAAUGAUGAGGAAGAUGAAAGUAUGGAAACACCCAAAAAGAAAAAGAAAACAGAUGGAAAAUCACGCCAAACAAGGGUCCCUAUGUUGACGUUAGAAGGUCACACAGAGGGAGUAUCAGGGAUGGAGUGGCUGGACAAUUCAACUGUAUGCACAGUAUCAUGGGACCAUACAAUUAGGCUAUGGGACAUGAAUGAGGCAAAGCAGAAGUCAUUACUGCCAGGUUCCAAAGUAUUUCUGGACAUGUCAUACUCUAAACUGAACUGCCAAGUUCUAACAGCCUCUGCAGACCGACAUGUAAGGCUUUGGGAUCCUAGGAGUUCAGAAGGAUCAGUAGUAAAGUGUACCUUUACCUCACACAAUGGCUGGGUUUCAAGUGUUGAUUGGUCCAAAGAAAAUGAAAAUCAUUUUAUAUCUGGGUCUUAUGACAAAAUCAUGAAAAUGUGGGAUACAAGAAGUCCGAAAGUACCUUUGUUCGAAAUGAGUGGUCAUGAUGAGAAAAUCCUUUGUGUGGAUUGGUCAUUACCUACUUUGAUGUUAUCAGGAGGAGCGGAUAACCAUUUGAAGAGCUUCCAGUAUAACUCUAGCAGUUAAAAUAGUAUAUUAUAGGGAGCUUUGAAGAUCAAAAUGUAUCUACCACAGAGCAUUCUGGUCUGAUCAGUUAUAACUGAUCAUAAGAGUAAAUCACAUGAAACUUAGAGUUUACUAGUGUACUCUUUAGUUUUGAGGUACUUUGACAUGCAAACACUUAUUUUUUAACAUUUGUAUGGGAAGGGCUUUAUUUCAUUUGAAUUUUAUGGAUAUUUCACCUCUGUAUGAUUCAAGUACUCAUAUAUGAAUAAAAAAAAUAAGAUUUUAUGUUCAACUUUAAGAUACCUGCAGUCAUGUACAAAAAAGGUAUGCCUGAUUUACCUCAUCUUCAGUCUACGUAAGUCAUUGGCUUGAGUACCAUCGUGAUAUCUUCCAGAAGAAAAGAAACAAGAUUUGUUUUUUAGUUGGAAGAUAUCUGACACUGCUAAAUUACUUUAUGAUUAUCCAGUUUUGUCAAUGAAGAAAGAAAGUGAGAUUUUGUAAUAAUCUCUGACACUGCCAAAUCAGUUUACAACUAUUCAGUAUAUACAGUCAUGUAUGUGAGAAAAAGAAAUAAGAUUUGUGUUCAUAAUUGAAUAUUAAUUUAUAUUUCUACAAAUUUACUUUUAUGAUUAUACCCCAGUCAAAGAAAUAGAUAUUUUGUGUUCAGGUACUGGAACAUGAUGGGAGAAAUUCUGUCCGCUCAUAAUAUGAAGGUCUUAAUACUGGUUGGAUGGAUGGAUGGAUCGGUAGGUGGAUAAGUAGGUGGAUGGAUGAAUGGGUGGACAGAUAGAUAGAUGGAUGGAUGGUUGGAGUGUGGUUGAGUAGGAGUAAGGAGGGAAGGUCUGUCUGUAUACAGUACUAAUAAAGCUGAUAAAUAAA